CCACCGUCGUUCUUUGUGUUUUCGCAUGUUGCGGUGAGGAUGCUUGCCGUCCGCAGGAAAUGGCGACGCCGUGCGUGUGUUGUGCCCGCAGAGGACGCACUAACUGGGAGGAGAAAGUAGCAACAGCAACAGGCGUCAUUCGCACAUAGCAGCGCUUCAAGGGAAGGAAAAUGAGCGACGCCAAUCCGCCUAAAGUGGAACUUUUUGUGAAGGCUGGGAGUGAUGGGCAGAGCAUCGGCAACUGUCCCUUCUCUCAGCGUCUCUUCAUGGUGUUGUGGCUAAAAGGAGUCACGUUUGAUGUUACUACAGUAGACAUGAAGAGGAAACCCUGCAUUCUAAAUGACUUGGCUCCGGGUGCCCAGCCUCCCUUCCUGUUGUACGGCAGCGAAGUGAAAACUGACACCAACAAGAUUGAGGAAUUCCUGGAGGACAACCUCUGCCCGCCCAAGUAUCCCCGCCUGGCCGCGCGGAACCCUGAGUCGAACACAGCAGGCAUGGAUGUCUUCUCCAAGUUCUCGGCUUACAUAAAGAACUCCAACCCUCAGACCAAUGAAAAUUUAGAGAAAGGCCUUCUGAAGGCCCUGAAGAAGCUCGACGACUACCUCGGUUCCCCACUUCCUGACGAAAUUGAUGAAAAUAGCGCAGAUGAAGUCACUUCCUCAUCUCGCCCCUUCCUUGACGGCCCUGAGCUUACUCUGGCUGACUGCAACCUGCUUCCAAAGCUCCACAUUGUGAAGGUGGUGUGUUUAAAGUACCGAAACUUCAGCAUCCCUCAGUCUCUGACCAACCUGUGGAGGUACCUGAACGCAGCGUACGCCCGGGACGAGUUUGCAUCCACAUGUCCGAUCGAUGACGAGAUCCACAUCGCUUAUUCUUCUGUCGCCAAAGCUCUCAAGUAGGAGUCGGAAAGCACCAUAUAGCAGAGCUGUGUACAAGUGUACAAAACUAGUAAAACAACAAAUUUAUAUAAUCCAAGUUAUUACAAUUGCUUUGCCAUGUCAAACUAAGCUUACAAGUGGUUGUUUUUUCUUAGUGUUAGGUAUAGCCAAAAAGCACAUACAGUAAAAGUACUAAGGCAAUCGUGGAUCAACCCAUUAGGGGUUAGCUUGAGAAAGUUAUUUAUUUCUUGUAAUUUCAAUUCUUCAUGCUCUUACAAUACUUUAUGUAAUUUUUCGCACUUAUUCGCACAAAUAUUCACGUUGGCGCUCUUGCUUAUAGUUGUUCCAUUUUUUAAAAAAUUGUGCCAACAUUGCUCUCUUUCUCCACAAGAUUUCAUUCCAGUCCUGUGCUUGUCCCUCUGGGCAUAAAUGUUGCUGGCUUGUACAGGAUCAAAUAAUUAUUUCCCCUAUAGUACAUGCAUUGAGAACCCUAUACCAGGGAUGUCCAAAGCUUUUCCAUUGAACAGCCGCACAGUGAAAAAAAUUCAAGCUUGCUAAGACCAUUUUGAUAUUUUUUGUUUUCAAAAAAAUAAAAUAUCUAGAUUUUGAUUUUUUUUUCCAACUUUAGAGGGCCCCUUUACUUAAGUUCGACCUUAGGUACUCGCAGGGUUCUCAGUUAUAAAACAUGUUAGAUAUAAGUCUUUUUUUUUUUUUUGUAAUUAUUUAUUCAACCCUGAAAUCUUGAUAAACUUCAAUGUCUCUCCAUUGAUAUAGUUUUUUUUCUGUUUCAUACCCUUCUUGGUCAAAACCCUAUUUUUCAUGGCAAAAACACCAAAUAUGCAAUAUUUUCCCUAAAAAGAUUUUCAAAGUUGGUUAUCUGAUGUAAUGUAAUGGGAGCCUUAAUGGGUCCGUAAUUCAUAACCACAUUCAUUUAGGUUUUUUUUAAAGUAAUGACUGUUUAAAAAAGAAAUAAAAGUGAAAUUCUUGGGGGUCCAAAAGGUCCCCACUCAUAAAAAUGUGAAUAACAAGACGUACCGUUUAUAUUGUUUUUACUUUCAACGUUUAAUCUGUAAAGAUAAACAUUUUUUUCAUGGUUUUUAAUAUAUAUGCAGUUUUCGUCGAACAAAACUUUAUUCCUAUGGCAAACACACAAAAUGUGAAACAUCUUCCCAAAAUAUUUUUAAGUGGAAUUUGUGAUGUAAAGUAAUUAUCCUUUAAUAGGUCAACAAUUCAUAACAACAUUGUUUUUUAAAACCGACAGUUUAAAAAAAACAACUAUCAGUCAACAUUGUAACUUUUUCUUGUGACAUAUUACCUGUUUGCUAUUUUAUUCCACUUUUUGUGUUGUUUUUUUUUAACAGUAUUUUUAGAAUGUGCCGUGGGUCAUUAAAAAAUUAGCUGUGGGCCGCAAAUGGCCCUACACGCCGCACUCUGGACACCCCUGCCCUAUACUCCUUGUUUGGUUGUUUGGUCAUAGCUAUGUACACACUGUCCAAUUAGUAAUGAUAAAGAUGAUAAAGAAACUGCCCGUCAGAUCACAUGUUUAUACUUCUAAAUCUAUUUUAUUGGGUAGUAGCAGUAUUUACCAAAAUGUUCACUUGGUGUGAAUUUGUUAAUGUCUACGUGGCGCUGCAAGGCCUUUUUUUUACAGUUUAGAAAUUGCAUUGACGUACAUGCAAAGCUUUUUAGUCGUCGCAGCACACAAUAGGGCGGAAAGGGGGUGUAGAGUUGGGCUCAUUUUGAGGAGGUUGAGACAGGAAACUAUAUCAAUAGUUUCAAGCUUCCCCUUUUUACGAUCAUGCAGAGCAGCUGUGAAUGACUAUUUGGUGUAAUCUGCUGCUGCAAAAAGCCUAAACCGAAAAAUGUUGCGCAUAAAAUGUAUUAUGGAGUAUUGUCCCAGACUGGGGGGGAAAAAUCACAUGGAAAGUUUUGCACUUUUAUAAGAUUUAAGUAAUAUUAUUAGAAAAAUAGCAUGUUGUUACAUGUAUGUAAUCUGUGUUUUCUUGCACAUUUUUUAAUUUUUUUUUUAGAAAAAAAUACAUUAGAUAUAUUAAAAUAAUAAAAUGUUCAUUUAAUUAUUGUCUGUUAGAGACUUGCCAUAUUGUAUAGUAAUCAUUACGUUUUCAUAUAUUUUGUUUAAAAAACAUUGACAUAGCAGAUUUGUCUUAAAAACAUUUUUUUAAAUAAAGUUAACACUUGCCAUAAACUAAUUUUGGAUAUUUUUGACUAUAGUUUGACCAUGUUAUUGUCAUGCAAUUUUAAUUUGUUCUCAUAAACCUGCAAUUUUUCCCUCUCAUAAAAUAAUAAUACAUAUAGUGUUGUAGGAUUUUAACUUUUUUUCAUAAUAAGUCCUAAUUUGCCUUUAAGUUACAUUUUGCAAUGUUACAUUUCCUCACAAUUGUGCAACUUUGUUCUCACUAAAAUUAUUAGUCAUUAUGACUUAAAUCUUUUAAAAUGCAAACUGUUUUCCUAAUAGUAUUAUUGAAUUUUCCCCCCUAAUCAUAGUGAUUAGCUUUAACUGUAUUCUCGUAAAAUACCAACUUUACUCCUGUAAAAUCCUUUUUUUGCCUAUGUUGUAGCAUUGUUACAUCUUUAUUCUUGUAGUUCAACUCUCCUGUCCAAAGGCAAAACCCAGUAACUCAAUUUUGGUUAAAACUGACCUGAUAAUAAUUUUGGAGUUAUUAGGUGAUAUGCUUUACAUUUGUGUAUGCGAUAUUGUAAUUUGUUCCGUAAGUAAGCUGGUUACUCACGGAUAUUGUAAUUUGUUCCGUAAGUAAACUGCUUACAUACGGAACAAAUUACAAUAUUGCAUACACUAAUGUAAAGCAUAUCACCUAGUAAUUCCAAAAUUAUUAUCAGCUAUGUUUUUACCAAAAUUGAGUUACUGGGUUUUGCUUUUGGACGGGAAAACUUUGUUCAACACUUUUCUUUCUAAAUGUCAUGUUUUUUGCAUAGCCAUCAACUUUAUUUUUGCUAAAAAUUACCACCUUGUUCUUGAAUUAGUACAACUUUUUAUAUCGUUACGAUUUAUCUUGUGUGCAUUGCAACUUCAUUUCCUGGAGUUAAGACUUGAUUCAAAAACGACUUUAAUCUAGUAGCAAGUAUAUCAUUUGUAUUUCUUUUCAGUGUAACCCUAAAAUGCCGAAAUAUGAUUAUAGUUUAGCUUAGUGAGAUUAGCAUAUGAAAUUUGCAUAUUAGCCUGUAGAACGUCUACUAAGUAACAAUUAGAUCAAAGCCUUAUAUUUAAUCUGAGUAUGUGCUGUGUUUGUUGAUCUUGAUAAUAAGGAUGUUGGGAAUUGUUAUAGGAAUUGAGCCUGCAAUCCCCACAGUAUUCAUGAAGGGACUUAACGUUACUGUACAUCUCAAACACAUAAUAACAUUAUAAUGUUGGUGUGAGAAGGCUAAUACUUGAACUGAACCGUGAUAAAAUGCCUUAUUUUAUCUGUAGUGGCAGCUUUUUAGCAACCUUAAGGCUCGAUGCUAAUUCAUUGUUGAAGGCAAAUGGAAGAUAGAUUUAAAAUGUAUACACUACGCAAUUAGGGAUAGUCUGCUUUCGGGUAAAACUUCAGGAUGAACCUUAAAUUCAACAUAACCUUUUACAGGUGAGCAAUUUUAAAUUUAGGGCCAGAAUUAAUCUCAGCAGACACUGGAAAAGCAAAAUGCUGGGUUUUGUUUCUGUGUGUGUUGAAAGGACGUCAUUAUCCAAUGCAUAUUUGGCCACACCGCAUGCGCAUAUAUGUUUUUAAUGCUAAAAAAGAGUUGCACAUACAGUUUAGCUAUCUUCUCAUUACAUUAUUCCUUUUAUUAAUUUUUUGGGGUCAAAUUGGUAUUCAUUUCAUUUCUUCAGUGUAUCAAAGGCCAAUAAAACCAAGCUGCAGCUCCCAAAUGGCCCCUUUAGACACCCCUGGUUUUACGUAUUUACCUGAGAAGGUGAAGUGUUACAAAAAAAAUGCAAGGUCAAGGUUUAUUUAUUUGUAUAGCACAAUUUCUAAGAACAGCCCGAGAGUGUUCUACAAAUUAAGAACAGAAAGGUAAACAAAAAUAGAAUUAAAAUCACAGUAAGUACAGUCAAGGCUAUAAAUAGUCGGGGUGCUCAAAAACAUCCGAAUCACAACUCUUUUUUUUCCCUGAUUCAAAAUCAAUUAAUCUUUUCACUUCUUUUUUGCUCAUCUACUUUUAACUCUUUGCUUACUCGCUGUGUGUAUACGUCACACAUCAGCCCUCAAAAGGAGGUUUUGUAACCUGUUUUUGAAAAGGUUUCAUUAUAAAUAUUAUGCCAAAUAGUACAUUUUUGUUGAUUUGGAGAUGGAUUCUGAAUCGAAUUGUCACCACAAGAAUCGAAAUUGGAUCAAAUUGAAUCGUGAGUUGCCAAAAAAACACAACUAAACGAAUCAUACAAUCAAAUGUUGACAACAAACAAAAAAAAGAAACAAAAUAAGGGAUAUUCACAGAAAUAAUAAAAAGGCAAAAAUAAAAAAACAUCAAAAUGUCCAGCUCAGCUUGUGGUAACCACCAGCGCAAAUAAGCUCUGUCUUAUGGUAGUCAUGAAGGCUGGGCUGCAAGCUUUUGGAGUUGUUUUGUAGUGAAACAUUUCUAAUUGAAAUGUAUAUUUAAAAGUUCAGAAAAGGUUCAAGUAGGCCAACCCGUCAAAAGUUACAGUGCAUUUUCGGUUCAUUCUGGAAUUAAACCCAAAAGCCAAAUACCCCAAACUUUUAGUGUGUAGUGUAUGUCUUUGUGCUGAACUCAGUAUAAGCUUCAGGUUUAAAGCACCUAAGUGCAAUUUAAGAGGGAGAAACGGUCUUUUUAGACAUUUUGCUACAGAGUUUUAAUCGGGGAGUCUUUGUUGUAACAGAAAAUGUAUUUUUACCUGACUGAACUGUUUCCUCAAUGAGUCAAUUAAAGCGAUGGUAACUAAAUAUUUUAGUGUUCUUAGAAUCUAAUACAAUUUCAGGGAUCAUCCAACUCACAUUUAAAUGCUACUUUUUUUUUGUUUUUCGCCUUUUUUCUUCACCUGUGUAUGUAAAUGCCAUGUUCUUUUCACCCUGUUACGCUUUGACUAGUUCAGCCUUAUUUACCAUGUUUUGUGCUCGUUAACGUGUAGCUAUGUAACAGUUGUCGCACUUAUGCGUCCACGGAAGGGUGGACACUAAACCUAAAUCACAUUGACAAUCAAUCCAACUGCGGAAAAAUUGUUUCCAUUUUUAAUUUUGUACUUUGAAAAUCCACAUUUCAUUGGUGCAUUCCUUCAAAAUAAAGUGUCUUAAGAAAUAA